AUGUUCGAAGACAUACUCAAGGAAAACGAGAUGACAUCACAUAUGGAAGAAGCAAUACAUUCGGCUGAAUAUUUUCUUUGCGGCUCCCAGCAAUCUCCCAUCAGAAUCAACCAAGAUGAGCUGCAAAAACUUUUCGAAGAAGACCCGAAGCGACUACGCGAUCGAUGGCAACCUCUCAAAAAAGGACUCCAGAACACUCGCCGAAAAUAUACCUUCUCCCUCUUCGCGCAGACGUUCUUUGCAGUUGCUGCUUGGCUUCUGACAUUCAUCGGAUCGUACGUUACAUCGCUCGGUCAGUACUCUGAAGCACUUCUGCUCUCUUCCGGUACGCUUUGGACGUGGUUGAUUCCGAUAGUCUAUGGUUGGAUGACUGUCGGGACACAAUCGGGCAAGGACACCGUGCAACACGCGAUCCAAGGCAAAAGGAUAAAUGGUGCUUCCCCACUGAGAGCCCUCGAAGCCAGGUCUGGCUUCAUGAGAACGUCGACGAAAACGAAUGAAUACCAGCCAAUGGACGUCCAUGAUGCUUUGUGGGGGUCAUUGCAAGGAGACGAAGCACGCCAAGGACCCCUCUACAACUAUGCACGUAUUCUGACCUUUCCACGGCUACGAGAUACGAUUGUACACAAAUUCAAUACCAAAGUCAAACCACUACCGGACCACGAGCUUCAAUCAUUGCCGAACGGGCCUGAGGACCACAACUCUGCUCACACGACAGCUAGUGACUCAGCCUCAUCUCGCUCACAAGCUACGCCUACUGGAUAUCAGCGCCCAGUCCGAAACGGCACGUACCGAAUCGAAGCCGGUGCACCUCUUAAUGUUACCUCCGAUCCUUGCUUGCCAUAUAUGUCCUGGGAGGAUGUUCUAUCAAACUCCAUAUUGAAGCGGAACUUCGUGGCGUCAAAUGCUGUCGCCGUGUUACUCCAGUGGGGCAUCACUGGGUCUGCCAUUGUCAUAUCCUAUCUGACGGAGGUGCGCGGACUUGGCUGUCGCUCUGGCAGCUACCUGAUAUACGGCAUCCUUGCUACUUCUGCCCAUAUCCUUCUCCUGACAUCAGUCUUUUUGUUGCAUCACGUAAUGCUUAUAUGCCAGGGAGAUCCACGCACAAGACGAAGAGAGCCACAGACGAGACAGAUAGGCGUAGCGCAUAAUGAUCCCCGGAGCUUUCACGUCAAGUGGAUUGGUCGACUCGCCGUUUUCUUGCGGGUCUGCGGUAAAUCUCUUGCCGUCAUCAACGCCAUUUGGAUCAUUUUGAGUUCGGUGUUUGAACUUAUCGGUUUUUAUAACAGCUGCUGGUGCACUGGGGCUUCUUUGGAGCUGCAGGAUAAGGCUUGGGUUGUUUUGUUUGCUAACGGUGCCCAAUUGAAAGAUGAGGCCCAGGCAUCAUGGAUUGCUGGGCUUUUCAUGAGCUCGUGCACAAUGGUCAUCACGUACCUCGUUUCGAAGGUUUUUUCCAAGGGCAGGGAGAUUUGA